AUAUCCCUACACUCAUACGAGCCCGAAUGUUAAAUCCAAGAUCAGAUUACUUUUUAAAACGUUGCACAUUUUGUUUAUGUUUAUUGCCAAAAAAAAAUAAACAAAGGCGAUACGUCGAGCAUAUUAAUUUGAGCCGUUUUCUACAGUUGAAAUAUAUUUCGCUUAGUGUUCCACGAUCGUCUUGCGGGAUUAUUGAAGAAUUUCUUUUGAUAUAAAACGUACAUACGUACGCCUUCAUUAAUUUACGGGAUGGAUACAUUGUCCAAGAUUACAAACGGUAUAAUUCGUUCGGCUUUACUCGAGACUGUAGAAACAAAACUUCAAUCGAAACUACAUCAAAUCGACAUAAAUUGUGUAUCAGAGUGUGGUGAAAACAAUUUUAUUGGCAUCAUACAUCGGGUGUCGUUCUCUAAAGAGAAGUCGACUGAAAAUCGCUUCGAAACUGCUGAAAAUCUGAUUUUAAAAAUUGCUCCUCAAAAUGUUACGUGCCGCUACAUGUUCAAUUCACGGCAGCUGUUUCUACGAGAAAUUCAUAUGUAUGAUACAGUUUUGCCGCAACUCCAUCGGUUUGAGAUCUCGAAAGAUGUGAACAUGGAAUGCAAUUAUUUUACUGAAUAUCCCAAAUUCUAUCGAUCAGUUGAUGACUGUAUGAGCGAAUGCAUUUUCCUUGAAGAUUUAAGUGUUCGGGGUUUUCAAAUGAUAGAUCGAUACACGGAGGAUGUUACUGCUGAACAUGUAUAUUUGGUGAUGGAAUAUUUAGGGAAAUUCCAUGCAAUUUCAUUCGCAAUGAAUGACCAACAACCGGAAAAGUUUAAAGAAUUGACAAUGGACUUAAAGGAGCUGUACAUUCAUUGUGAUGAUCAAAAUCACAGACAAUUCUGUACAUCGAGCAUGCAAAUUGCUUUGGGUGUAAUUUCAAAUGAAAGCGAUUCGGAAUUACGAUUCAAACUGAUGAAAAUGCUUGAAAGAGAUGCAAUCGAUGUCGCUUUCGAAUGUGUAAGUGCAGAUUUCGCUGAUGGUGCAGCGACAGUUAUAUCUCAUGGUGAUCUGUGGCAGAAUAACACAAUGUUCAGACAUGAUGUUGAUAAGAAACCAAUCGAAGUUUGCUUUUUGGAUUGGCAACUUUCCCGACAUUCGUCGCCAAUCAUCGAUGUUGUUCAUUAUGUCUUCUGUUGUACAACAAAAGAGCUUCGUGAUACCCAUUACGAUGAAUUCCUUAAGAUUUACCAUGUAAGUCUUUCUACACAUAUGCGAAAAUUGGGCUCUGAUCCGGAUGAACUGUUUCCCUAUGGUGUGAUGUUGGAACAUUUCAAAAAGUUUGGAAAGUUUGGAUUGUUCAUAUCCGCAAUGUUACUGCCAAUGAUAACAAGCGAACAAGGAAAUGGAAUCAAUUUGGACGUACUUGCAGACCGAUUCGAAAAUGGUUCGUCUGACAAUCAAAACAUCUUCAUUACUGACCGAUCCCGGGAAAAUUUUAACAAACGGAUGCGAGAUGUUGUUACUGACAUGGAAAGAUUGAAUUAUAUUUAAUGUCUGUUAGAAAUGCAUUCAUUUGAAU